AUGGAUGCGUCCCUCUUUCAGUUCUUCAUAGAGGAAUUCGGCGACACCAACUGUACUCUUAUAGAUGCUUUUCAGGACACUUUAUAUGAGAAUUCGUCUUUCGCGUCGAUGAGUGUCGACGGUCUCUAUUGUAACGCCACCACGGAUGAAAUCGGAACUUGCUGGCCAAGAAGCAACUCUGGACGAAUAAUUGAGCGACCGUGUCCAGAGUUCAUUAACGGCGUCAAAUACAACACCACUAGAAUUGCUUACAGAGAGUGCUUGGACAAUGGCACAUGGGCACUGAAAAGUAACUACUCCAACUGUGAGCCCAUUUUGAUCCAGAAGUACCCCAUGCACUACAAGAUAGCCCUCAUCAUAAACUACUUUGGUCACUGUAUAUCUGUUGGAGCUCUCGUUAUUGCCUUUAUUCUCUUUCUGUGCUUGAGGAGCAUCCGAUGCCUUCGCAACAUAAUCCACUGGAACUUAAUUACGACUUUCAUUCUGAGGAAUGUAAUGUGGUUUUUGCUUCAGCUGAUUGACCAAAACAUUUAUGAGACGAAUGAGCCCUGGUGUCGUCUUAUAACAACAAUCUAUAAUUACUUUGUGGUGACCAAUUUUUUCUGGAUGUUUGUGGAGGGCUGCUAUCUUCACACGGCUAUUGUGAUGACAUAUUCCACAGACAAGCUUCGGAAAUGGGUCUUCCUCUUCAUUGGAUGGUGUAUACCAUGUCCGAUAAUUAUAGCUUGGGCCAUUGGAAAACUUUACAAUGAAAACGAACAAUGCUGGUUUGGGAAGGAACCUGGAAAGUACAUAGACUACAUUUAUCAGGGGCCCGUGAUUUUAGUUCUUCUUAUAAAUUUUGUGUUCCUUUUCAACAUUGUGCGCAUUUUAAUGACAAAACUGAGGGCUUCAACCACAUCAGAAACAAUACAAUACAGGAAAGCGGUGAAGGCCACUCUAGUGCUUCUGCCUUUGCUCGGUAUCACAUACAUGCUGUUUUUUGUGAACCCAGGCGAGGAUGACAUAUCUCAGAUUGUAUUCAUCUAUUUCAACUCAUUUCUCCAGUCCUUUCAGGGAUUCUUUGUGUCGGUAUUUUACUGCUUUCUUAAUGGGGAGGUACGUUCUGCAGCCAGAAAACGUUGGCACCGCUGGCAAGACAAACACUCGCUGCGAGUCAGAGUGGCGAGAGCCAUAGCCAUGUCCAUCCCCACCUCCCCCACCCGCAUCAGCUUUCACAGCAUCAAGCAGACCACAGCCGUCUGA